UUGUGGUGAACGCGCCCAUUGUUUGUACUUCGACAUGCUUGCUUUUUAUGAAUUAUUGUCAAUUAAUUUGUUGAGAAUAUUUGUUUUGUGAUUGUAUUUAAUAUGGAACAAAGAGUGAAAGUGCACUUGGACAGCUUUUUUACAGAUUACCGUAGCCUCUGCUAUGUAUAUGCAAAUAAAAAUAUGAAGACUAUUCAAGAUUUGAUCCAUCAUAUAUCCAGCAAGUUUGAUGUACCUUCUACGGUUUACUUAACAUCAAACAAUAUAUAUUUGCCCCCCUUUGAAGAUAUUAGGAUAUUAGGAGACUGUGACUCCAUCGUGGUGAGACCACUGGUACGCAACCGAACGUCUAAAAAAAAGAAGCAAAAGUUUUCUGAUGAACCGUCGGCUGAAGUGGAUAAGUCGAAAAAUUGCAAUGCAAGCGUAGUCAUCGACCAGAAUAAAGCUAGCCAGAGGUUGGAACAUCCGGAAUGCAUGAGUAUUGAUGGGAGUGAAGGCGAAGAUUGUACCGAUUCGGCUAUCCGGCAUAAAAAAAAGAAGAAAAAAGAGAAGAGAACUAAAGCUGAUGAUCCUCCUGAAGAGCUGAUUAACCUAUUGGAGUCGACAGUCCCGAAUGAUACAACCCUCAACCGGCCUCUAAAUCCGACCAUAGUGAAGAGGGCCCCCUCGAUUUCGUCCACCCCAACUUGUAGUCUCUCAGUUACAAAUUUAUCAAAAGUGUUUCGGAAGCAAAUUUCGACAACUCCAAGUAUUGAACAGCCAAAACCCAUUCGCGUGGGUGAGGCCGUCGUCGCCGAAUUUGCACGGAGAAAAAGAGUCGACCUGCUUCCGAUUUCAACCGCCCCCAACAUCGUAAAAUCGAUCCUCGUGUCCGACCAAGACAGUAAUUUAGAUACCAACACCGUCUACGACGUAUCCUCCUCGAGCGAAUCUGAGUGCUCUCAAUCGAAGGAGACUUGCGAAGUGCCCGAAACCAAGCAGCGAAAACGCAAAAGGGUUCGCAAGCGCAAGCCGAAACCGCCACUCACUCCCUUGCCUUAUUGCCCGCCGCGAAGUUUAAACGGUUCCAGUUCUCCACACUUGCACCUUCGAUUCGAUAACGAACCCGAGGCGGUCGAAAGUCCUCCAGCUCCGGAAGAGAUUGUGGAAAAUGUCGAUAAGGUGCAGAUUGUGAAUUAUAAAGAUCUAUGCGAGAACGAGAUUAAGAAUUUUCCCAUAAUGAAGGGGGUGGAUCCAAAAGUGGAUGAUAUAAUCGCAUUUAAGAGAUUUAUGUUGUCUGAGAAUUACACGCCAGAGGUAUCGAAUUACAUUAUUGGAAGUGUUUGUAGCUACUCGCCAUCCACAUCAACAGUUGUCAUAAAGGUCUUAGAGGGAAGAGAACAAUGUAACGAUCCCAGGGGAAAAUUUUAUAUGGAAGAAAAUGAAAAUGGCGUGCAGAGUAGUACAGUUCAUCAGUAUGUGUGGUCAGAAUUAAUCGAGCCAAGACUGUUGUUUCCGUAGAUUUAAUUUUUUAAUGUAUAUUUUUCUAUUGUUCAUAUUUAUUGGAUAAAGCAAAAGCUUAUGCAUUUCCUGAAAGCCGCUUUGAAAAUAAAUGUAUGGCUGUGUUUACACCAAAACCCCAGGUAAUGUCGAUUUAGAAAAGUUAGUGUAUUUUUUAAAUUCCUGUACUGAAGGGUGAUAUGAGCUCAAGUCUUUUUUAUCAUUCUUAGUAAUGUAAACAAUGAUCGGUUUAAUAAAAAGUAUUUAAA